AUGCACUCUAUAAUUCAGAACAUUGAGAAGACAGCCCUGCUCUCUGAGUAUGUUAAUCUACUUAUCACUGAAGUGAAACCUGAGACAGCAGAUCAGAAAAUGUGGGAUUUUAAGGCACAGAUUGACCUGACUGAGAGAAAGCAGCAGAAACUCUUCUCUGAAAAGACAGCAGAGAGAGAUUUUGAGAUGAUUAUCAUCUCAGAUAAGAAGAAGAAGAAGAAGAAUAAGAAUGAGAAGUGA